AUGGCUUCGAUUUGUAUCGUGAAAUUUGAUGGGGAUGGCGUAAAUUCAGUGUGUUUAGUUUCUGAAAGUUGUCUCCAAUCAUCAAAAAACGUGAAAGUAAAAUUGAAUGGUGAUUACUUGUUCGUUCACAGAAGUGAUCGUCAACGUCGUCUUCGUGGAAAACUGUUAUUCAAAGGAACAUUAGAAGAAUGCGAAGAAUAUUGUGAAGGUGAUAGCUGUUUAACAGUAGAUAAAUCCUCAUGGUUAUCUAAUUCUACAUUGGAAUCCAAUAUUAUUGGAGAUGUAUCUAAGCAUUCAACAACUGAAUCAAAGAAAAACACUAUCAAUCAAAAACAAUCGAAGACAAAUCCAUCAAAAGCAACUAUGAAAAGAUCAUCUGAAAAAGAGAAACCUUUCAAGAAUAAACAAGCACAUGCGUGUGGAAAAAAGAACCAAAAAUCAAAUAAAAUUAGGUCAAAUGAUGAUAAUGAAUUGUCUACAUCAAAUGCAGAAGCUUCUGAUCUCGUUGAUCUAUCAAACAAUGAUUCAACCAAUAAUAAUAUGUCGGCAUUUGAUCGUCAAUCUCAAGCUAUGCAAUCGAAAGAUCCAAAAAGUUUAACAACAGAAACUAAUCCUGUGCAAUGCCAUAUCCUUUCUGAUAAUAAUACUGAUGAUGAUGAUGAUGAAUUAUUUUUACCUCGUCACAUUACAUUGGAAUUGAAAAAUAAUAGAAAACAGAUUCUUGAAUUAGAAAAUCAAUUAAAGGAAAUGAAACGCAUGUCAAUUCCAUUUCCAACACCACAAGAAGCUGAUUAUUUACGUCGAGUGAUGGCUGUCGUGGAAAUGCGUACUCAAUUGGCAACAUCACGGGCAGUCAAUUGUGGCCAGCUACUAGGUCUUUCUAAUAUAGAACUACUUGAAGCAACUGGUAAUGGACGUUUACCGUGGAAAAAAAUCGUGGUCAACUUAUUAAAAGCAUGUUUCAAAAAUAUUGAUUUACAAUAUGAAAAUUAUACAACGCUUCGAAAUGGACACGAGGAACUGAUUGAUAAUAUUUUAAGUUAUGUGAAAGCACUUUGUCCUACGGUAGUUAUUACUGAUUCUCAAUUUUCUGCUUGUAUUUCCGGUAAAUGUCAUCAUAUGAAAAGUGACAAUAAGAAGAAAGCCAACAAACUUGCUGCUGUUAUAUUCUAA